CUUAUUUCUUUUUCUUGCCCUGCAUCUCCCGCGUCGAUCGGUCUGCAUUUCUUCCAUCUCCUUUACACAUCCAUCUCGGUCGAUGAGUGGUUGUCUCUCUUCCUGAUCCUAUCCAACUAUUGUUCCUCUUGUAUCUGGACACAGUCCCAAGGCAGCGGGGCGAUUCCAUCAUGUCGCAAGUUGAAACCAAACAGCCUGAUGUCGAUGCCAAACCGGUGGCCUCGGCCAACAUCGACCAGGCCUGGGACUAUCUGGCCAGUCAUGCCAAUAACCAAAACACCGAUCAUGUUGAUCUAGCUGCGACUCGGCGCAAAAUUGAUCUGCGCAUCAUGCCGUUCAUGUUCUGUUGCUAUUUCCUGCAGUUCAUCGACAAGGUCAUGUACAACUAUGCUGCUGUCAUGGGCAUGAAAGUCGAUCUCGGACUGAAGGGAAACAACUUCAGUGAUGCUGCCAGUGCUUUCUUCAUUGCCUAUCUGGUGGCCGAAGUUCCCAAUGUAUACUUGCUGCAGAAGGUCCCCCCUGCCAAGUGGUUGGGAAUCAACGUCGCCCUCUGGGGAGUUGCUGCUGCUGCUUCUGCCGGCGCCAAAGACUACCCGACGCUUCUCACCUCCCGAAUCUUCCUCGGUAUCUUCGAGGCCACCGUCGGCCCUUCUCUGAUGCUUCUGAGCAGUCAGUACUACACCAAGCAGGAGCAAGCCCCUCGCUUUACCUUCUGGUACCUGGGUCUGGGCGUUGCUCAGAUCAUCGGAGGCAUUAUCUCCUUUGGCUUCCAACAUGUGCACAACUCAUUCGAGGGCUGGAGGAUCAUGUUCCUGGUCAUGGGCUUGAUCACCGUGAUUGUGGGCGUGGCCACUUACUUCUUCAUCCCUGACACGCCGAUGAAGGCCAAGUUCCUCUCGGAUGACGAGAAGAUCUCCAUCCUCAAGCACGUCAGCGUCAACCAAACGGGCAUUCACAACAGCAAGUUCAACUACAAGCACAUCAUCGAAUCCGUCUUCGAUGUGCAGGUGUGGCUGUUGACUCUACAGGUGGUUCUGCAAUCCGUUUCCAGCGGCGUGGUCACCACCUACUCGUCCACCCUCAUCGCCUCCUUCGGCUUCUCCGGCCCCGUCUCCGCCCUCCUCAACACACCCUCCGGCAUCGUCAGCAUCUUCUUCACCCUCCUCGUCGGCAUCGGCAUCCGUAAGGCCUCCAACCGCUGGGCCUGGGUCUUCAUGUGCUGCAUCCCCGGCAUCAUCGGCGGCGGGCUCAUGUCCUUCCUGCCCAAGACCAAUCGCGCCGGCGUGCUCAUCGGCAUCUACCUCGUGAACUCCAUCGUCGCGCCCCUGCCCGUCAUCUACCACUGGACGGCGGCCAACUGCGCCGGGUACACCAAGCGCGCGUUUACCAGCGCCCUGGUGGCCGGCUCCUUCUCCAUCGGUAACAUCAUCGGGCCCCAGACCUUCCAGGCCCGUGACGCCCCGGACUACCGGCCGGCGAAGAUCGCCGUCCUAGCCACCCAGGCGGCGGCGGGCGUGCUAUCCGUCGUGCUGUGGCAGUACUAUGUCUGGGAGAAUAAGCGUCGGGAUCGGGCCCAGGCCGGACAGUCGGAGCAGGAGGCUGUCAGUAACGAUACGGCGUGGGUUGGCUUGACGGACAAGGAGAAUAAGAAUUUCCGCUAUGUGUACUAA